GAGGAAGUAAGGUAGGAGGGAAGGUGGUUGGUGGGGAGAGAGCUAAAGCUGAUCGAGCAGAGCUUCCCACUGACUUUACAUAGGGGGAAGAGAGACAUAUGAGGGGGAAGUAGAGAGAAGAAAGGGGGUAGUGGUGCGAGAGGGAAAAAGAAAGGGUCAGAAGAAGGGAGAAGGCUUUAUGAAGAAAAAGGUAGCGAGUUGAUAUAUUGUUUAGUUAAUGAAAGAAAAGUUGGUGCUUUAGAUGUGUAAAGGGAGGAGGGGCUGGUUGAACUGGUGAGAGGAACAGACAAGAACACAGAGUGGAAGGAAGAAGUAGAACCUCUGCUUUAUAAGGAAAACUUCAGUACCGGGAGGCUUACUUUUGCUAGAGCCUGCAUUCCUAUUCCCCAUGGACUAUGAUGCAGGAGUGAAGGAAACACCCUGCUCUUUUUGGUAUUGACCCCCCCCCCCCCACACCUACAGGAGGAUGGCACAGAAGAGAGGAAGGCCUGGAAGGGUGUAAAAUGCUGAAGGCAGCUCUCUGAUAGGGCAUGCUGAAUAAAGGACAAGCACAUGAUGAGUUUAAAAAAUGACCUGGGCCAUGAGAAGGCACCUUACUGUCUCUACAUUUACCCUCAGCUCUCCAAUGAAGUCUCCACUGUCUGUACAGUUUUGGCAACCAAGGAAUUAUCUGCCUCUGAAGUUAUAAAGAAUGCAGUCUCUGUUCUUGGUUUGGACAGUGACAAGCACUAUGUUUUGGCUGAAGUGAAAGAGUCUGGAGGGGAAGAGUGGGUGUUAGGUUCUACGGAUUCACCUGUGCAAAGAGUGCUGCUUUGGCCACGGAAGGCCCAAGAUAGGCACCAGCAGUCAGAUGGUUAUUAUUUCUUACUACAGGAGAAAGACCAGGAUGGAAGCAUUAAAUAUGCUCACCUUCCGCUUGUUUCUGAAGAGGAGGAGUCCAGAAGGUUGAUGGAAAGGGGAUUUCUUCCUCGUCUUCAAGUGGACUAUAAUGACUUGUGCAGCUUGCCCAAACUAACUGAGGAUGCAAUUCUUGAUAACCUUAAGUCUCGUUUCUUGAAUCAAAAGAUCUACACUUAUGCUGGAAGUAUUCUGAUUGCCAUCAACCCCUUCAAAUUCUUGCCUAUUUACAACCCCAAAUAUGUCAAAAUGUAUGACAACCACCAACUUGGAAAGUUGGAGCCUCACAUUUUUGCAAUUGCGGAUGUUUCUUAUCACACCAUGCUGAAAAAAAGGGUCAACCAGUGUAUUGUCAUCUCUGGAGAAAGUGGAUCAGGAAAGACUCAGAGCACAAAUUUUCUAAUACAUUGUUUGACAGCACUGAGUCAGAAGGGCCAUGCAAGUGGGGUGGAAAGAACCAUAUUGGGUGCUGGACCUGUACUUGAGGCCUUUGGGAAUGCCAAAACUGCACAUAACAACAACUCCAGCCGCUUCGGGAAAUUCAUUCAAGUGAAUUAUUUAGAGAGUGGCAUUGUACGGGGAGCCGUUGUGGAAAAGUACCUUCUUGAAAAAUCUCGGCUUGUAUCUCAGGAAAAGAAUGAAAGAAAUUACCAUGUUUUCUAUUAUCUUCUUCUGGGUGCUUCUGAGGAGGAGAGGAAAGAGUUCAAACUCAAGCAACCUGAAGACUAUUUCUACCUCAACCAGAACAACUUUAAGGUGGAGGAAGGAGAGGAUCUGCGACAUGAUUUUGAGCGACUGAAGCAAGCAAUGGAGAUGGUAGGGUUCUAUCCAGCCACAAAGAAACAAAUAUUUUCAGUGCUAUCAGCAAUCCUUUACCUGGGAAAUGUGACUUACAAAAAGAAGUCUUCUGGAAGGGAUGAGGGAUUGGAUGUCGGACCUCCAGAGGUUUUAGACACACUGUCUCAGAUUCUUCAGGUAAAAAGGGAGAUGCUGGUGGAAGCACUGACCAAAAGAAAAACUGUUACUGUAAAUGAGAAGCUAAUAUUACCAUACAGCCUCAAUGAGGCUAUCACUGCACGAGAUUCGAUGGCAAAAUCUCUUUACAGUGCCUUGUUUGAUUGGAUUGUUCUACGAAUUAACCAUGCUUUGCUUAAUAGAAAGGAUGUAGAGGAAUCCGUAAAUUGCUUAUCGAUUGGAGUCCUUGAUAUUUUUGGAUUUGAAGACUUCGAGAACAAUAGUUUUGAACAAUUCUGUAUUAAUUAUGCAAAUGAACAACUACAGUACUACUUUAACCAGCACAUUUUCAAACUAGAGCAGGAAGAGUAUAAGGGUGAAGGAAUUACUUGGCACAAUAUAGAUUACACAGAUAAUGUGGGCUGCAUUCAACUGAUCAGCAAAAAACCAACUGGACUCUUCUACUUGUUGGAUGAGGAAAGCAAUUUUCCACAUGCCACAAAUCGUACAUUGCUUGCUAAGUUUAAGCAACAGCACGAGGGAAACAAAUAUUUUGUAGCCACACCAGUUAUGGAGCCUGCCUUUAUCAUUCGUCACUUUGCUGGGAAGGUUAAGUACCAAAUCAAGGAUUUUCGUGAGAAAAACACAGACUAUAUGAGGCCGGACAUUGUGGCUCUCUUGAGAAGCAGUGACAGUGGGUACAUUCGAGAGCUUAUAGGGAUGGAUCCAGUGUCCGUUUUCCGCUGGGCUGUACUACGAGCAGCCAUCCGUUCUAUGGCUGUGCUUAAUGAGGCUGCAAGGCAGCGAGCAGAAAGAACAGCAGGUGUAAACCGAACAGUAGCUAAGAUCCCCAUGGGGGAGCUCCAGAGGUCAAACAACCCCAUGGAGAAACUUUAUCGAGAGCGUCACUGUGAGCUCAUGAGCAGCAUUAAGGGACUUUCCUGGCAGGGAGAUGACCCUGCCCAGUUGCUUCAGCGCCUGUCCCUUCGCAGACAGUCCCGUCUCCAUCUUCAGAAAACAAAGAAUCUUCGCCAGAAGCAGGUCAUCCCAAAGAACCCUCUUGAUUCACAGUCACUAAAGCUAAUAAUGAGCAUGACACUUCAUGACAGAACUACCAAGUCUCUCUUACACCUGCACAAAAAGAAGAAGCCACCCAGCAUCAGUGCACAGUUUCAGACUUCACUUAAUAAACUUCUGGAGACAUUGGGUAAAGCAGAGCCAUUUUUCAUCCGAUGCAUUCGAUCGAAUGCUGAAAAGAUGGAGAUGAGAUUUGAUGAAGCCCUUGUGCUUCAGCAGCUCCGAUACACUGGUAUGCUGGAAACAGUUAGAAUCCGGAGAUCUGGGUACAGCGCCAAAUACACUUAUAAGGAAUUUGUUGACCAUUUUCAAGUACUGCUACCAAAACUGUCGCCCGUGCCAAAAAACACCAUAGCUACGCUGCUUGAGAGCAUGUGCUUAGAUCCACGCAACUAUCAGCUUGGCAAAACCAAGGUGUUUAUGAAAGAGCCAGAACGUGAAAUGCUGCAGGAUGCUCUACACCAGGCAGUCAUUAAGAAGAUUAUUCUUCUCCAAAGUCUCUUUCGGAUGGUUGUCGAAAAGAGAAACUUUCUCCGAAUGAAAAUAGCAGCUGUGACCAUUCAGGCCUGCUGGAGAUCACAUUGUGUAAGGCAAGAUCUGGAGCAAAAGAGGAAUGCUGCAGUCUGUAUUCAGGCACUAUGGAGGGGCUGUGCUCAGAGACGCAGCUAUGAAAAGCAAAUCCAAAUCAUCAAGAAACUGCAGGCUUUAUGUAAAGGGCACCUGCAACGCAAAAGGUACAAAGAAAUGCUGGAAGAGAAGCACAAAGCAGCUGAGGAAGAGGAGAGGAGGAGAAAACAGGAAGCACUUGAAAGAGAAAGGGUUGCAUUACUUAAACAGGCACAGAAGGAAGAAGAGCAAAAAAAGAAACAGGAAGAAAUGAAGAGAGAAGCAGAACUUAGAGAGAAGUUGAUUUCUGAAAAGGAGAAGGAAAUUAUAAAGUCCAACAUAAAGACUGUAAUUUAUAUUAAUGAAGGCCAAAAAGAAGAGAUGUAUGAGAGGGGGGUUGCAGGGCAGCAAGUUAACAGUGGUGAUAUAGCUUUGGAAAGGAUUGUGAAAGAGAAUGAGCGUAACAAUGAGUUAAAGGAAGAGGGUACUAUUGAAAGUGGGAAUCAAGUACCAAAUAUGGAACUAGUGUCAAACAUAGAUAAAAUAUUGCAAACAAAGGAAAACCAGGUACGGCCAGUUCCACAGAGAAAUGACAGUGGUAGUCCAGAAAGGGCUGCUAGCUGUCGAGAAAAAAGGGAGAAUCGGAGGCGUAGAGGUUUACAGCAUGACUUGAUCCAGAAUAAACACAUUUACUCUUCCAUUGAAGAGCCUGAGAAGGAGCAGGGUGCACUACAGAAAGAAGAUGAAAUAGUGACCAAGGACAAUGCUAAACUUGAAGAGGUGGAAAACCAACAGGAAACAUCAAAUAAUGAGACUCCUGUUACAAAUACUAGACUCAGUAGAGCUGGAGAUGAUGUUCAAGCGAAUAAGCAAGAUCAAACUUUAGAAAAGCCAACAAGGCCCGCCGAUCUUCCACUCAACUCACAAGUAUCUAUAUCAAAACAACUACCAACCCCUGAAGAGAGAAGCAGGCCCUCUGAGUCACGGAAGGAAGAAGGAGUUCCCAGUGCUGGCAUUGUCCAGCGAUACAGUGACCAUGAAAGACUGAAGAACAUAGCUGAAAAGUGGAAAGAGAGAAGACAGAAUGAGGCUGCUCAGAUGGAAUCUGGAAGGACUACUGAAAAAGAAGAGGCAAAGUUGCCAGAAAGAAAGAAUGCUACACCAUCUGCAGAAAUCCCAGCUGAUGUUCAGCCCCCUUCCCCUAUUCAGACCUCUUCUAUGCAACCUGAACAGGAAAAGGGUGCCAAAAAACAACCUGCACAGAAGAAGAAAUCCAAUGAGCAAAACAGUCAUUCUGAAAGUGCUCAAGCACAGUCCACUGACUCCAAGCAUACAUACAAGAGCCCCCUUUAUAGGCUUUUGGGGAGGAAACCAGAAAAGAAAAACAGCAAAGAAGCCCCACCUACUCCAGAAAAUGUUGAAGAGCCUCCUUUUCUGCAACACACUCAAGAGGUCACAGCAACUAAGCGAACCAUAGAUGGUAAUGCUGCUUCUGGACAAAACAGCCGCACUUAUGGAGUGGAACCAGUGAAUAAAAUCCAUAGGCGUCGCUCUAUUAAAAUUAGCAAGGCUACCACUGUUUCCGAGAAAUGGAAAGCAUCUUUGUAUAGAGAGAUUAAUAACCCUACUGAGCUUAAACACCUUGAUGACUUUCUGUUUGCUAAGUUUAAUACUUUUAACUCGGAUAAGUCUGGUGUUGAAAAUUUGCUCUUCGAAGCUGUUAAAAUGUUCAGAGCAAACCUGAAAUCCAUGUACUCCUCUCCUAAUGGUCAAAUUCAUGCCGGUUAUAAGGACCUGAUGGAAAAUUUUCAAAUUCUUGUUGGCACUUUAACUCAAGAGAGAGAAGAAAAGGAUGUAAAGCUUGUACUGAACCUUUUCCAGUCCUUUCUAGAUGAAUUCACUCGUGGAUACUGUAAGAAGGAGGACAGUGAACCCCAGAAGCCACGAAAAUCCCAAAAGAAGAAACGCAAGCAAGAUCAAACAGUGGAGAUACACGGACAUGUGUUCAUAAGCUAUCAAGUGAAUAUUGGACAAUCUUGUGAACACUGUUCCAACACUAUUUGGCCAAUGGAGAAGGCAUGUCUCUGCAGCACAUGCAAGAUGGUUUGCCAUAAAAAGUGUUUGACUAGGAUCCAGAAUAAUUGUUCUUCAAUUGGUGGAGGGAAGAACCUGGGAUCCCAUCAGUUUGGUGUGCACGUGGCAGACUUGACCAAUGAUACAAAUUCGGUACCUGUUGUCAUGGAAAUUUUGCUGGAGUACUUAGAGAUACAUGGACUCUACACAGAGGGAAUCUACCGCAAGUCAGGAGCUGCCAAUCGUAUGCGUGAGCUGAAGGAGUCCCUGGAAAAAGAUCCCAGCUUGGUAAAACUUGACAAUUAUCCAAUUCAUGCAAUAACUGGAAUCCUAAAGCAGUGGUUACGGGAGCUGCCAGAGCCGCUUAUGACAUUUGCACAGUAUAAUGAAUUCCUCCGAGCUGUAGAACUCCCUGGGAAGCAAGAACAGCUUUGUGCCAUCUACAAAGUCAUUGGACAGCUCCCGCAUGCAAAUUACAACACUCUGGAAAGACUUAUCUUCCAUCUUGUUAUGGUGGCUAUGGUGGAAGAAGUAAACCGAAUGUCUCCUAAUUCCCUGGCCAUUGUUUUUGCACCUUGUAUACUGCGUUGCCCAGAUAACUAUGACCCACUAACUAGCAUGAAGGAGAUUGCCAAAACCACAACCUGUGUAGAGAUGCUAAUAAAGGAGCAAAUGAGACAUUAUAAAAUCAAAAUGCAGGAAAUUGGACUGUUGGAAGCAGCAGAAAUUCGUGCAGUGACUAGACUUUCAUUGCUGAGAAAUACUACAACUUGGCCUGUUCAAGUGGGAUUUGUUUUUCCUUGUGAUGGUUUCCUGAGUAAAAGCCAGGCAUCAAAUGGUAAGAGUUUGCCUGACCUGGAUGUGGUGCAAGAAGAGCAUCUGUCAGACUCUGAGACUGCCCGGGAAUCACAGAUAUUACUGGACAGAAUAAAGACGAUUAAGGAGGAAAAGGAAGAUAUUACCUACCGCCUUCCAGAACUGGAGCAGCGGGGCUCAGAUGAAGAAAAUAUGGAUUCUGAGACUUCUAACAGUACAGAGAGUUUACUAGAUGAGAAGUUGUCCAAGGCAGAAAAGGAAGCAGUACCUGCUUUUAAUCCAUCCCUGGCACCAUCUGACAACCUUCAGGCACAGGCUCCCCUGUUUGCCAUGUCUGUGAACCAAACUAGUUUCAAGCGCAGACCAUCUUCUUUCCUGGCCAAGAUGAGGGGUCACAGGAAGAAUCCCGUUAUGCCAACAUCAAACAUCAAGUUACCCCCAGGUCUAAUAAAAUCCACAGAUGCUGCUGAGGAGUCUAGUUCGGUACGGAGAAGAGAACAGCCAGGAAGAAGGACGGACAAUAUUCAGUCAGUCUAUGUCCCAGAGGGAACAGAAAUGGGAACUGUACAUAGAGCACUAGAGUACGAGCCUACAGCCAAACUCAAACGCCGCUUUUCAGACCCGCACCUGCAAAUCCCUUGCCCUGAUGAGUCCAGCCUUUAGGAACAAAAACUUAACCUCCAUGUCUGCUAUCUACCCAUGGUAUUUCUGCUAUUAGGAAUAUCACUGUGAUAGCAGUGGUAUUUUCCUUGAACUGGCAUUUCAAAGAACUGUUUUAAGGACACAAAGGAAUGCCGAGUCUUUCAUUGUAGAGUGGCAGGUUAAAUAGAGGGGAUUUUCAUUCCCGUUUACAGUUUCCUCCACUUGCCGGCAGUAGUUAUUCCGAUCUUAGCCCUCAAUUUUAUUUCCAGCCUUGUAAUAUGAUAGGACCAAAGGUGAGUUCAUUUUGCCUUAUGCUGUUCACCCGCUACAGUAAUAUUUUUAUAUAUGUGUAUAUUAUAAAGCUUUUUAAUAUUUUGUUAACAUUUUGUUUUAUAUAAAUGUGUAUUAACACAGAGGCCAAAUGUGCGUGAGAAUGGUAGGAUGUGCACCGUGGAGGUUUUUUUUUUUUUUUUUUUUUUUAUAAAGAUCAACUUUUUUUUUUUUUAUGUUUUAUUUUAUGCAAAUGACAUAUUCUGCAUACAGAUGCAGUAACUAUUUAUCCAUCUUUUUUAUAAACUGUAACAUCAGAUGUGUUUAGUAUAUGUCUCUUUCUAUUCAUUCAUAUUCUUUGUUACUGCUAGAACCAGCGAGCCAAAGUGAAAAACACAGCAGAACACUGAUGCCAAGAUGCAUUGAUUGUGCCCAUUUAUUUAUCUGUGGCGUCUCCGUAUAGAACAUUGUUUGGCCAGAUGCUUUAGCAUGGUUAUUCAGCAGUCAUCAGCCUCAGGUUCUCUGGUGCUAUUGAACUGCAAUUUUGGGAAUUUUAUUUUCAUAUCCUCUGACUGAGGGCCAAGUCCUACAAUUUUAAAGCUUUUAGGUCAGAAAAAGAAAGCAUAAUUCUCUGCCUCAUAAUUCCUAACACUAGUUUAAUUCUAAAUCAUCUAGAGAACACACGCAGCAAACAUCUACAGUAUAGCUUCUGAAUUCUGAGUCUGACACCCAUUGGUGGGGCAAAACAAUUUUAGAGAAUGCUUAUUUUGUUCUAGAACAGGAUGACUGUUACAACAAUAUUGGGAUGGAGGUGUAAAUACAUGUUGAAUUGCAAAGUCUGUUCUACUGAUAAAGUACACUUACAGUGGCACUGCAGGAAGGCUGUUAUGGUUUUGUUAGGUUAGGUUUUUACUAGAGGUACUCGGCUUUUAGUCCUAUUUCUGCUUUAUGGAAUUGGUGCCAGCAUAGUGACUUUGACUGGCAGCAGGAGGAACUAUACUUCAGUAUUAACAUAAAGCUGCUUACAAAUAGCUGUGUUUCAGGUUAGGGGCCACAAUGGGCCACUGCCGCAAGAUGUGCAAGUUCGUACCUGAUGUUUUAUAUCUUUGGGGUUAUUGCAGUACUUGAAAUGAGGCCUUUACUGACUACACUAUUUAAUAGAAACAGCAGCCUCAUAUUCCUUAGGCUAUUCUAAUUACUGUAGAUGUCAGGGCCUGUGUUAGGACUGGACAGAACAUGUUGCAUGUUGGCCAUCCUGGACCUAUGCAGUUGUAAGCUUGAGCUCUAACUCCUGCCCUGGGAGAUGUGCAAUAAUGGUUCAUAUAUGUUAAUUCACAACCUGCAUAAGGAUGUUUGUGUUCCCUUUUCUUUGCGAGACAGGGGAGCUUAUUUUCCAUUAACCAGCAAAACAUACGGUACAUGGCUGAUAAUGUCUUCUAAAUAAUCUUUAUGAAUCGCUCCUCCUGGUAAAUGGAUAUACUUAAAAGGUUUGGAGAUAAAAAAAAAAAAAACAACGGAUAUGUUUUGUGUGGCUUCUCUUGUUGAGUAAAUCAAGGGUACUCAGUUGUCUGAGAGCUGCCUAGCUGAAUGAAUUAGUUAAGACUAAGGAAACCGGUAAUAACAGGUGCUGUGUGUAUGAAUGGACACAAAUAUUCUUGUGUAUAUUAACCUAUACCAAUAUAUAUAUUUCUUAAUGUUUAUAUAAAACCAGGAUUUAGACAGAGUUGGACUGGCCAGCUAGAGUACCAUAGGCUCUCUCAGUGGGCCCCAUUGUGGGACAGUUCGCAUCGGCCCUCUAUUUUCACCACAAGCCUAUAUAACCUUUAUACCAGUUAAUUGACCUGAUAGAGGGUCCCUGGAUGUCAGGGCUUUAGGAGGCCCAGUCCAACAUAUUUCCCUUUAAGUGCCUUAUUGCCCAGGCUGAUGAGUAGUGAUUAUGAAAAGCUUCCAUGCUACAUUUUUGGAAUGUGCAAAUUUUGCUUCAAAACCAAAGCAAUAAAUCAAGUGUUUGAUUUCAAAUUUUUAACAAUACUUGAUGCAAACUGCUGUUUUUUUGCUGUGGAUUACUUGACCUGAAGCAAAUUUUGCAAUCUUUUACUAUAUUGUUUCCUUAUCCAAUUGGUUUACAAACAAACAGCCUUUGGCUACUGACUCAUGGAAUUUUACUCAUUUAUUUAUGUUUUAUCUUGGCAGCAGCAUUCCAAUUUUAUAUUUAAUUGCGUAUAGAACCCCUUGUUGUUGCUUGUGUUAUUGAACACAUUGGUUCUGCAUGUGGUAGAGGCAACAAUGGCUCUUCUAUUACUGGAAACUUUGUAGAAUUUGUUUGGUUUCCUUGUGCAGCAGAUAUUGGCCGCACACAUUAUUUGGCUAGGGUCAGUGUUGUUAGGAAGGGUCAGCUGAGCAGUAGACACCCCUACUUGGGUUUAUCGGGUUGGAAUCUGAAUGUAGUGAAACUGAAUGUAUAUGAAACCCUUUUGUAGAUACUGAACAAUGAUUUUCUUUUGCACUUUAUAGAGGUAUGAUAGAAACUUAUCACAUUUCUAUCGGCUGAAACUGUUUUAAUAAAGAUUUGUGGGCAGUCUACUAUGCUUGUGGGCAGUCUACGGCUUGAAUAUCAUGUAUCACUCUGAUGCUUCUCUAAAUAUGACCAAACAGCCAGCUAGCUAUCCUGUGUGCUUCAGUGAAAUAAGCCAAAGGCAAUUCCAUGUCAUACUCUCUCAUUAUGUAUGCUUAUGGGAUGCUUCAGAUCUUUUGGCCCAACAUUGGUCUGGUGUUUUUCUUACAUCAUUACUCUCCCUGCCAUAUUUGUUUUUCACAGCUGUGUAUAUAAACGUCCAGAAUGUGUUCCUAUUUAAGGUUGCCGCUGAUCCAUCUGAUGUUACUUACUGGGAAUGUGCAGAUUUCCAUGCAAAGCUCACUUAUCUUUGUUAAAUAAAGUUAUAAUUGAAUCUACUGUU